AAGCAGAUUUUCUUCCUUUUGCUCAAAAUGGGAGAGAACACAUAUCAUACGCCCACCUUAGAAACAAAGGUUUCAAAAAACCAAACCAAACCAAACCAAAUAUAUAGAUGCUCUAAUAUAUUAACUCAGAAGUUCGUAUUUCUACACAUUAUUGGGCACUCACUAUUGUGGGGGCCAGGAAUUUACUUCUUUAUGUAUGCGAGAGUGGAAUUGACAUUCUACUGCCAGUUGUUUUAAGAUGCAGAAUUUAAGUUCUCAACAAAACCAGCAUUGCUUUCCACCAGAGAAUUUAAUGCAGAAUUUAAGUUCUCAACAAAACCAGCAUUGCCUUCCACGGGAGAGGCUGAAGAACUUUCCCAGCACAGGCGAAACCGCUGGUUUGCAGAGAUCCUGUUCGCUGCUUAGCUUCCGCUCACCUUGCUCCUUUGCAGGCCAUCUGCUCAGAGCGGCAGAACUGGGCGUGUCGGAAAAAAACACAUUCAAAUCCCGCGCUCCACCAGAGCACUUCCGGGUUUCCAACUCCAGGCUGGAAAAGCAUCCCUGUGACCCGAAACGGGCCGUCUGUGUUUCUCGCAGCUGGCAGAGUGUCUUCAAUGAGCGUCUGGGUUCCGAUCUCAGGGAGGUGUUGCUGGGGACACCUGCCCCUAAAGACGCAAAAAGAAUUCGGUACGCAGCCGCCACUUCCUGGUUGCUUUGCCCUUACCCAAGAUGGCGGCUAGUUGCCUUCGGCCCGGCUUACUGCGGCUGCUCAGUACACUCUGCUGGCGCAAAUAGUUCUACAGCCCGCCUCUCCCGCGGAGGUGAAGCCUGGGACGCUGCGUGUCUCCGCCCCGCGGUGCAGCUAGGGGGGUGUGCUUUGGGGGCAUAAGGGAUAGCUAAAUAAGUGGAGGGCCCAGGGUCGUACCGCGCUCUGCCCUUCCCUAGGUUCUAGGCACCAAGCCCGCACGAGCCCAAGGGUGAUUUUUCCUUGGGCCCAAUAUGAUACUAACCAAAGCCCAGUACGAGGAGAUAGCCCAGUGCCUAGUGUCUGUACCGCCCACUAGGCAGAGCCUGAGGAAGCUGAAGCAGAGGUUCCCCAGCAGAGAUGAACUGGCAGACUUGGAGACAUAGUCCCUCCAACUUGCUCCCUCGUCCUUUUCUCUGCAGUCAAUCGCAGGCCACUCUGCUGAGCAUCUUCUCCCAGGAGUACCAGAAACAUAUUAAAAGAACACAUGCCAAACAUCACACUCCAGAAGCGAUUGAAAGUUACUACCAGAGGUACCUGAAUGGCGUGGGGAAAAACGGAGCAGCCCCCGUGCUCUUGGAGCUGGCCAAUGAGGUGGACUAUGCACCCUCAUUAAUGGCUCGGAUUAUCCUGGAGAGAUUUCUACAGGGGCAUGAACAGACUCCACCCUCCAAGUCUGUUAUAAACAGUAUGCUGCGGGACCCUUCUCAGAUUCCAGAUGGAGUUCUAGCAAACCAGGUCUAUCAGUGCAUCGUGAAUGACUGUUGCUAUGGACCGCUGGUGGACUGCAUCAAGCACGCUAUUGGCUAUGAGCAUGAAGUCCUGCUGAGAGACUUGCUUCUGAAGAAAAACCUGUCGUUCCUAGAUGAGGAUCAGCUCCGUGCAAAGGGCUAUGACAAAACCCCAGACUUCAUUUUACAGGUGCCAGUUGUAAUGCUUUGUCCCUUAGCUGUGGAAGGGCACAUAAUUCACUGGAUUGAAAGCAAAGCCUCAUUUGGUGAUGAAUGUAGCCACCACGCCUACCUGCAUGGCCAAUUCUGGAGCUACUGGAAUAGCGCUGGGCCAGACAGGCAUCCAGACCCUGGCUGUCAAGUUCAGUCGUCCUCUUUGACUUCUCCACCAAGAGAUGAGGGCGAGUACAUUUUGAGUGACUGUGAAAUCAUGAUCUGUCCUUGUCUGCACUGCUCCUGCUUCUAUAGAGGUUUGGACCAGGCCUGGUCAUCUAUUGGUAUGGAUUUAUCCAGGAACUGGACUGCAACCGGGAAAGAGGCAUCCUGCUCAAAGCCUCGUUCCCCACAGACAUCGUCACCUUAUGCCAUAGCACAGCUUGACCCCGAAGAUCCUGGAAGAGAAGCCGGAAGCAAUGUUACUUUCCUGCAGUAUAAACUGCUGGCAGCAUCUGCCCUGAACUUGAGAUGAACCCUUGCUGCCGUCGCAGCCCUACCUCUAGACAAACAUAUCAGGAGUUUCUGUUUUCCUUCAUCCCUGGGUGAUGUGAAUAGCCAAGAACUGCAGACACAACCCACUCAUUAUCAGCAUUUCUGUCUCUGACAAACAGUUAGUUUAUAGAUAGUCAUAAUCUUGCUUCCUUCCGAAUGCUUUCUCCUUGUAUACUGAACAGAAGAGAAAGUAUGGAGACUGCAAGAUGUGAGUUUUCACUUCUCCUCCCUGUGAUCAAAUAUUUUUUCUUCUAACCCUCCAUUCAUAUUCUCUCUCUCUCUCUCUCUCUCCCUCUCUCUCUCUCUCUCUCUCUCAUAUUCUCUCUCCCCCUCCCCACCCCACCCCCGGUCUCUUGGCGGGUACACUGGUACUGAGUGUUGCAUUACCGGGGAAUAACCUAGCACAAUCCUAGAAAAGCUGGAGACAGGAAGUCCGUAAGUAAAUGUUCCUUCUCACCUGGGGCUCAGCAGAGGCCGCCCGGAGUCUUUCUGUGGAGCCUGGUGGCCUCCUGACUUCUGUGGCAUUCAGCCAAGCUGCACAAGUCCCCCUCGAUGAGAAUUUCCUCUUUUCAUAAAGUUGAUGUGAACACCAAACCCUUCACAAGGCUGACCUCCUCUUCAAGUAUGAGUUGCCGCUGUGUCUGGAAAACCAUGCUCCUCUAGCUGGGGGCUGCAGCAGAGGACUGCACCCCGGCCUCUGGUCUGCAGUGGCCCUCUAAAGCAGACUGGCGGCCGGCAGGAACAACCUUAGCAGCUAUCAUUAUGAGAUUUUUUUUUAAAGUACAUUCAUACAUACUGCUUUGAGUCUGCAUUUUAUACCACAUAAUUGUUUAAUACUCAAAUGAUUCAGACAUUAUAAAUAGUCAGCUUUGAAUGAAUUAAGUGUACCAGAAAAGUUCUUGAGUGAUUUUUAAAUAAGCAAUAUAAAAGAGAUUUUGCAUUUAUUCGCUUUCAUUUCUUUAGUUUUAUAUACUGCAGACCAGGCUUCGGUCAGAAGCAAAACAUCAAUAAAAUAAUUAUAAACCUAUCUUUUGGGAAAUUAAAAACUAAUCUGCAUCUCCCCAAAAAAUGUAUUUUGUAGAAAAAAUUUGCCCCCAUGCUUAUAAAAUGUAGCUUUUAUAAUGUUGAAUAGAUUUUAGAAACAAACACCGUAACUCAUACGUUGGUUGGAUCCUUUUGUACCUGGUUAGUGAGAAACUUGGUCUGUUGCCUUCCUCCCAAGGGUCACAAGGGUGGCAGGUCCAAGACAGGAUUUUCAGCUCUCCUGAGAGAGUACAGGAAAUCACGGGAGAGAAGGUAGGGUUAUGGGUAAGGCAGUGUCAGGCAAACGCCUGUUUCCACCUAGAAUACAGCGUGCAGGUUUGGCGUAUGAAAUAGAUGAUUGAAGACCGCUACUACAUUGCCUGUAUACACAGUUUAAAGAAAAACAUUAAAAUCUGGUUUCAUGGCAUGCCCUAAGUUACCAGUUUGGUUUGUUUGGGUUUGGUUUGGGGGCACGGGGGGAGCAGUAAAUUACAUGCACCUGCACAGAUGUUGGCAGUCUUGCUAAACCCUUGUCAGAGAUUUGCUUGUUCCAACAUUAGCCUAAUUUAUGAUGACCGUUCACUAAUAAAAGGUGCUUUCGUUUGCCAUUUA